AAAUAAAAUAAAUUAUGACUGGUUGUUACUUUGUUAUAUUCAUUUAUCAAUUAUUAUCUGUUCAAAUUAUAAAAUCGUGCAAUUUAUUUUAUAUUUAUUGUGUUGAAAAUACAUGUAACAAACAAACCCAAAUAUUUUAUUUACCUGCUAUUUUUUCAUCACUACUAACAUCAACCCAUCUUUGGUAGAGUGAACAAAUCAGAAAAAAAUCUCACAUUUUAUUGCAUAUACAUAUAACGAUAACUGCUAAGCGUCUCGAUUCGACUGAUUCUAACAGACCAAUUGUGUUCACUAAUUCGGCUACCAUAAUACUGAUUGUAUAUUAUAAUAAAAGUGUUAUAACUAUAUUAACAGACUACGAUUAUUAAUUAAAAAAAAGACAUUCGAGCGGAGGCGUCUUAAAAAUAUAAUAUAAUAUAACGCCAAUUAAAAAUAUACCGUAAAACCGGCCGUUUUUAAGGAGAAAACGAACAAAAAAAAAAAAACCAUAUCGUAUAUUGUUUAAUAUAUGCGCGCGCGCCCGACCAAAGGCGAAAUAAUAAUGACGAAAUAAUAAUAAUAACAAAAUGACGUCGUACCCCUUGUAAUUAUAUUGUCAGCGGGCACGAGAAAAAAAAAAAAGAGCGGAGAGAAGGAGAAAAAUGCCGAAAAAAAAAUCUCACAUGUAUAUAGCCGUUAUAGUCGGAUCGGCUUUUGUACGGUCCACGUGACGACGACGACGACGACGAGAAGAAGAAGUCGAACGGUCCGAGACGCGGCUGCUGCCGCUGUAGCGGCGAGGCGGCCGAGGGGAGGGAAGGUAAUUGAAACGUUACGAGCUCCCUCCCCGUCGGCGCGGCGGGUGCACACCGUCAUCAACAGGCUACGGCCGCCGCCGCUAAGCAUGCGUCGGCGGGACGCCACACGCCGCCGCGGCGACGGCGUAACCACCCUUGUACGCCGCCACCCCGCGGCCGCCGCCCUCGCCGACCUUUUCUUUUUCUUCCGACAUUCUUUGCGCCCCCGUUUUCUUUUCUCCCGCCUCCUUCUUCUUCUCGUCUCGUUCUUCGCUCACCCCACCCCGCCUCGCACUCUUUCUUCUUAUAUAUAUAUGUGUGUGUGUACAUCGCAUUAUACGUACACGCCACCGCCGCCACUGCCGCCACCCUCCCCGUCGCCGCCGUCGCGUAUCGUUUUCCUUCUUCCGUUUCUUAUUGCCUCGCCACCGCCGUCACCACCGCCGCCACUGCCGCCGCCGCCGACCCGGGCCACGGCGGUCUUCCGCAGAGCAGCACGGAGACACGCACGCACGCACGCAACAGACUCCGCCCACGGCGGGGCGCGAACACCUUCCGCGUCCUCCUUCGCGGCCAACGGCGGUAAACCAAAGCUCGGCGCGGCGGCCGCAACCUCCGACCGACGAACCGGCCGCGAAAAAAAAACGCUUUUUUAACAGUCAGUCGUGCCGGUCCGCCCGUCCCCGACGACACGCACACCGCAGCUGCAGCAGCGGCUUCACCACCGUCGUAGUCGUAGUCGUCGUCAUCGUCGUUUUCGUCGUUUUCGUCGCACUCGCGAUCUUUUUUUCAUUUCGUCGUUUUUUUUGUUUUCGGUUUUCCGUGUGUCUCGACUCGUCUCGCGCCCCGCGACAUGCACCUGUCGGAACCGAUGAGGAACCGCGACGGUUUCCUCAAAGCCGACGUGCUCGCCGAACGGACGCUGGACAGCCUGCUGGCCGAACACCCCGGCGAGCUGGUCCGCACCGGUUGCCCGCACGUCGUGUGCACCGUGCUGCCCACGCACUGGCGGUCCAACAAGACGCUUCCGGUGGCGUUCAAGGUGGUGGCGCUGGGCGAAGUGCCGGACGGCACGCCGGUCACCAUACGCGCCGGAAACGACGAGAACUUUUGCGCCGAGCUGCGCAACUGCACCGCACUGAUGAAGAACCAGGUGGCUAAGUUCAACGAUUUGCGGUUCGUCGGCCGGUCCGGGCGAGGAAAAAGUUUUACGCUGACUAUAAUGUUAAAUUCGUGUCCACCGCAAGUAGCAACUUAUUCCAAAGCCAUCAAAGUCACAGUGGACGGGCCCAGAGAGCCGAGGUCGAAAACCAGCCUAUUAUUUAACUCGUUUACAGGAAACCAAGGGUUCCAUCCUUUCCACUUCGGACCUAGACCUUUCCCGUUUGGUACGCCGCUGGAUCCCAAUAGAAUAGCAGAAUUGCCGUUAAAAUUGUCAGGUCUUGCCCACUCAUGGGGCACAUCGUUUUCCAGAGCUUUACCAUCAACCACAUACCCCCCGUAUUUGGCUAAUAAUUGCGGUCCGCCGACAUUUCAACACUCGAACUUCACAAACAUUUUUCCAUACAAUGGUACGACCAAUGAAGUGAUUCAACAACAGACAGGCACAGAAGGAAACAACGGCGGCGGCAGAACCGCGACGGAACCUCUGGGCCCGAUCAGCGUCAACGUGAGCAUGGACAGCGCGACGACCAGAAGUCACAGGACCGGGAUCAGGGGCCACAGGGGUCUGUUGACCACGGUGUCCGGAAGCGGCGCGCACAAGCGGCAUCACCACCACCACAGCAGCAGCCAUCACCAUCACCACAAGCGACAUCGGUCCGAGAAGAGCGCAGUGGCCGCGGCGGCGGACCGUUUGUCGCCGACGGCCGUCGCAGCGGCGGCCGCCGCGUCCGCAGUCAACAACAACAACGACAACGACAACAACGACAACAACAACGACAACGACAACGACAACAACAACAACGGCGGCGGCGUCGACGGACACGGCGACAAGAACAAGCGACGCGACGACGACCACCGCGGCCGGCGCGCGGCCAGAACGCCCCCGUCGCCUCCGCCGCCCCCGCCGCCACAGCUGCGACCGCCCCCGCCCGCACAGCCUGUCGCCCAGCUGCCGCCGCACAUCGCGGCCGCCGUGUCGCCGCGCUCGCAUCAACCGGCCGGGACCGCGCCGCCCGUCACUCAACCCGUUCCGCUGGUGGCGCCGUCGCUAUUCAGCUUGUUCCUGAACGCUCCGCUGUUGCAACCGCACACGCAGUGGCUGUACUCUCAGCUGUACCCCAACCCGUACCUGAGCCACAUACGCAACACGAUGAUAUUCGACAACGAGUCGACGGCCGCCGCGGUGGCCGCGGCCGCUGCUCAGAAGAGUGGAGGCGGAGGCGACGACGGCGACGGCGACAACGAAUCGUCCAAAAAGUCGGCCGCCGACGAGGGCGACGCGGACGGCGGCCACGGCGCCGCGGCCGGCGACGACGAAGACGACCGCGACGGCGGUGACGCGUCGCCGGCCGCGGUGUCGCCCAAGACCACGGCCAAACAGACGGACGUGUGGCGGCCGUAUUGAUAUCGCGCGCGCGCACCGCGGCCACGGCGAUAUCGACGACGAUGACGGGGCGAUGUUAAAGUCGCGAGGUGAAGGGCAUACGAGUGUACGAGGGACACCCCUUCCCAAAUUCGAGGCGGUACGCGAUCGAACUAGUCCACGUCGUGCACGCAUACUCUUAAAAAUACGCAAUACUCAUGUAUUUAACGAUAAUAUUAUUAUUGUGGUACCCACUUGUAAUUCGUAGUACGCUACUACCCGACCGUACCCACACCCUUCAUUUAUAGGAACUCCGCAGCGGCCCCUCUCCCGGAGGUGAGCUACCGAUUUUCACGUUUUGCGUCGAGUCGCGGUUUUCCAAAACAUAGCCUGCAGCAGGACACGUCGUAAUAGUGGUGCUGUUAUUUUUUUCGUUAGCUGCGUUUUGUGAUGUUCUACUCGCGCGCAAGUCGGACUUAUUUGAAAAAAAAAACAAAAAAAAAUUUAACAUAACUACCGAUAUGACGUCGUGUAUAAACGUAUUGCCGUCCCAUUAACCGCACCAUCGCCACAGUCACGACUGCUGUUGCUACUAUACGCAUUGUAUGAGUACCUAUUCCCACCACAGUCGUCGAUUAUAAGACGUGAUUACUACUCCCACUAUAGCUGUAUCGAUAAUUAUAAUAAUAUUAUAAUGUUGGCCCCGAUCUAUUAUUAUUAUUAUUACUACUACGACUUAAUGUGUUAUGAAAUAAAACUUAUUUGUAAAAAAAUAAUAUCAUAAUAAUAUUGUAUGUUUGUAUACAACAACCCGCUCCUGUACCUGCACGUCCAUUAUUACUCGGUAGAAUGUAUUAUAUAUAUAUAUUAUAUUAUGUUCAUGUCCCACUUACUACCGUUUUAUUAUUUUUUGUCGUCUAUAUAUUUUAAGUUUCGAUUCUAAGUGUACAAUAUUAUUAUUAUUAUUAUUAUUAUUCGAAUAAAGAAAACAAUUAUUUGGAUGUUAAACAAA